GGGCAGGAUGAGCUUCAGUCUAUUGCUGCCUUCUUCUUUCAUCUGAAAGAACAGAAGAGGAGCAAGUCUGAACUCAUCAUGCUCCGGCCACUGAUCAACAGCACCAGGACCACUGGGUUGUUGGACUGUGGGGCCACCAGGAACUUCAUGUCUCCCAGUGCAGUUAAAAAGUUGCACCUGGGCAUGAAAGUUCAGCAGCUGCAGCAACCGCUGUUAGUGCGGAUUGGUGACUCUACAGUACUCAGCAGCAGGGAGAAGGUCAAGGGCAUCCCUGUGACCUUUGAUACAGCAGGAAAAGUCAAACACAUUCUGAACUUUUACAUCUUCCCUGAGCUCCCCUUUGACUUGGUGUUCUCCAUGCAGUGGUUAAGGGCAGUCAACCCUAGGAUCGACUGGCAGAUCCCUAGAGCUGAACUACCAGACAGUCAGGGGGUGUACCAGCAAUGCAUGAUUGUUGUCGAUCACCACCCUAAGACCUCCUGCUACUGCCUGAGAGCGAGGGAGUUCCAUGCUCUCUCUCGCCAGUACCACCAUGAGUGUCUGUUUAUUGCUUUGGUCAAGCAAACAGAUGCUCCCCCUGUUUCCUGUCCUCCUGAGAUACAGCAGGUGGUGGAUCAGUAUGUUGAUCUGAUGCAGGAGCCCUUUGGACUUCCCAACCGGCCAACCAAGCAUCACAUCGAGCUGCUGCCGGGAGCGGUUCCUCCCAAGGGCCGCAUCUACAGGAUGUCCCCUGCUGAGCUUGAGGAGCUCAGAAAGCAGCUUGAGACCCUGACCAGCAAAGGCUGGAUCAGACCCAGCACAUCGGAAUUCGGUGCACCUGUCCUCUUUGUACCCAAAGGGAACGGCGAGUUCAGGAUGUGCAUUGACUACAGGGGUCUCAAUAAGAUCACUAGGAAGAGUACUGAGCCACUUCCUAGGAUCGAUGACCUCCUUGAUAUGAUGCAGGGCUGCACAGUGUUCAGCAAAGUUGACCUCAAAUCUGGCUACCACCAGAUUGAGAUGGCAGAGGAGGAUGUCUACAAGACAACCUUCAAGACCAGGUAUGGGACUUACGAGUUCCUGGUCAUGCCAUUCGGACUUUGCAAUGCCCCAGGCACAUUCCAGACUGAGAUGCACCGCAUCUUCAGGCCUUACCUGGACAAGUUUAUGGUUGUCUACCUGGAUGAUAUCCUGGUAUUCAGCAAAACUGCCAGGGAACAUGCGAAGCACUUGGCUCUUGUCCUUCAGUCAUUACGUGACAGCCAGUACAAGAUCAACAGGGAGAAGUCCUCUUUUGGAGUUCCCUCUGUCAUCUAUCUGGGCCAUGUAAUCUCUGGAGAUGGCUUGGCUCCUGAAGCAGCCAAGAUUGCUGCUAUUCAGGAGUGGCCUCAACCUCAGACAGUGAGGGAUGUCCGGUCCUUCAUGGGUUUGGCCUCCUACUACAGAAAGUUUGUCAGGAACUUUUCUGCAGUGGCUGCACCCCUGACUAACCUUACAAAGAAGGACACUCCCUUUCUUUGGUCCCUCCACUGUCAGUUGGCAUUCGCACGACUCAAGAAGGCCUUGACUCGUGCGCCUGUCCUGAAGUUACCUGACCCCACUCUGCCAUAUCUUGACCACUGACACCAGUCAGUAUGGCAUUGGGGCCGUGCUUCAGCAGGAUGAUGGGAAUGGUCUACGACCUGUAGAGUUUAUGAGYAAGAAGA